UGGAACAAACGUCAACUCUUGACUGAUAGGACACUAUGGCUGAUGAAGAUAGGGCUGAGAAGCUCGCCGCGGCCAGAAAAAAAGUCGAGCAGAUGAAGAAGAAGUCGGCGAAGAAGUCUGGCGCAAAGAAAGAAGAGAAAACAAAUGCUACGGAAGCCUCUAAACCAGAAGACACAAAGGAAGAAGAUGCGAAAUCAGAAGAUGCGAAGCCAGAAGAUGCGAAGCCAGAAUUGGAAGUAGAGGCACCAGAAGAUGCAAAUGGUGAUGAUUCAAAAGGAACGGAGGGCAGUGAUGGUAAAGAUGCUGAGCAAACUGUCUCUGAACCUGCCUCUGGGCUUACGACCCCAUUAUCACAUCAACGAAAGUCCUCUAGCUCAAUAUCUCAGCAAUCGAAAAUGCGGUCAUCGUCAUUUCGUUCAUCAACAGGGCCAUUAUCGCCCGGCCAUGGUUUCCCCCCAGAAGAAAACAGUGCCCCCGAAAUCUACCGAAAACAAGCUUUGAGAAUUGAGGAGCUGGAGAAGGAGAAUAAACGGCUCGCAAAAGAAGCUAGUGAUGGCGAAAAGCGUUGGAAGAGAGCGGAGGAGGAGCUGGAGGAUUUGCGAGAGGCCGAAGGUGACUCAAGUUCGAAGAAAGAUGCAUCAUCCGCUGUUGGAUCUUCCGGGGAAUUGGAGAAACUGAAAACGGAGAUCGCAGCUCUUCAACGUCAGAAUUCCCAACUUCAAGCACAAGCUUCCCGUCGACAUGGCUCGUCCCCGUCCAUGUCGUUGACAGCACCACCAGGACUUGAGGCUGCAUUGCAGUCAAAGAACUCAACAAUUGAAUCUAUGGAAAUAGAAAUAUCAAAUUUACGAGCUCAGUUAGAUCGUGUAGCCUCUGGUUCAUCGGUUGAGAAAGAACAAAUAGCAGCUCUAGAGGACAAGCUAGCAAGGAGUGAGCGGUCCGCUGCUAUUGCGCAACGCGAGUUGGGCGAUUUGAAGAAAAACCUUGAGCGAACGACCGAGAAGGCCGUAAAGGAGGGUAGUGAGCGGACAUCUGCGGAGACAAAGCUACGAACGCUCGAAAGGGAGGCUGAAGAGGCAAAAGUCCAUAGUGAGGAGCUUCAGAAGAAAGUCGAUGCUUUAGAAAAGAAGGUAGCAACCUUAACAACGCUCCACAAAGAGCAUGACGCACGCUUCCAAACGCAGAAGCGGGAGCGGGAAAAGGCCGAAAAGGAGUCUUCUGAUCUUAGGGCACGACUGGCCGGUCUUGAAAACGAAAACAUUCGUUUACGGGAAGAAAGAGAGCGAGCGAGGAAGCGUGAUGCAGAAGGUAUCGACGAUGAUGGUGUGGACGAACUUGAAAACGAAGAACGACAGCGCCUUGAGAAGAAGGUCCGGGAGCUAGAAGGAGAAGUGCAUGAGCUUCGAAGAGGCAUCUGGCGAGAACGUAGGAGAGAACUAGAUGGCGAGGAGUCCUCUGGCGUCACGAGUCCCGGAGCUAGGUUCACGGAUGUGGACCUUGGUGGAGGCACGUAUCCAAAUAGACGGAAAAGCAUUCCUCAUGGCGGGAAGGGCAUCGGUGACUUCCUCACGAGCGGCUUCAAUGCCAUUACAGGUGGGACUUCUGGGGCGGACGGUGGCUUGUUGGAGGACGAUGAUCUGGAUUUUGAUGAAGAUGCCUUCCGACUUGCACAGGAAGAAGAGGCGAGGAAACGUAUCGAGAGAGUAAAGGAGACUAAACGAGCUUUGAAGAACUGGACGGGCUGGCGGUUAGAUUUGGUGGAGAAUAGAAAGGGUGGUGGAGAGGGAGUUGGAGAAAUUUUUGAGAUUUAGGAAGUGAUGGGAUAAUGGGUAUAUGUAACACUAUGCAGCUUCUAGAAGCCCAGGUAGCCUUCUAAUGAUUUGAAUUCGGUAUCUUGGU